AUGUCGGCAUCAUCACGGCAAUAUGACCUUGUUGUCCUCGGUGCAACUGGUUAUACAGGAAAAUUGACUGCAGAGUACAUCACAGCCCAUUUCCCUUCGAAUCUUCAUUGGGCUAUCGCUGGACGCUCUGCAAGCAAAUUAGAAGGCGUAUUGACAGAAUGCAAGGGUGUCAAUCCCCAAGGAAGUCAACCUGCUAUUGAAAUAUGUUCACUCAACUCUGAUGAAUUGGAUGCUUUGGCGAAGAAAACCAGUGUUCUCAUCACGACAAUCGGUCCUUACGCACUCCACGGUGAACCAGCUUUCCGAGCUUGCGCAGACAAUGGAACUCAUUACCUCGAUAUCACUGGCGAGGCAGUAUGGCAUAAUCAAAUGAUCAAAAAAUAUGAACGAACUGCCAAAGCCAGUGGAAGUAUCAUGAUUCCUCAAAUCGGUGUUGACUCGGCACCGGCCGAUAUGAUGACUUGGGUUCUUGUCAACAUGAUCCGCGAGAAAUUCUCUGUUCCAACCGCUGAAGUAGUUCUGUCUGCAAAUUUCGCUUCCAAGCCAUCUGGCGGUACACUCAGUACCAUUUUCUCAAUUUUUGACGUCUAUUCUAUGAAAGAGCUUAACGCAGCAUCAAGACCUUAUGCGCUAUCUCCUAUUCCUGGACCUCAAGUCAAAGAUUCAGCUCCGUGGUCCACCAAAUUAUUUGGGUGUCGUUAUGUUCGAGACUUAGGAAUUUUGACGACUUACAUCUUUACCGUGGCUGAUAAACCUCAAGUCCACCGAUCAUGGGGACUACUUGGAGGGCCAAACAAUUAUGGCCCCAAUUUCGAAUUCAACGAAUACAAGAAGACUCAAAACUACCUGUCCGGUAUGAUGAGCCAUUUUGGACUAGUGUUAGGCUCAAUAUUUGUCUCAAUACCAUUCAUAAGAUUGCUCCUAAAGAAGUUUGUUGUACAGCCCGGAGAUGGCCCUACGAAAGAAGAAUCGAAAAUUGGCAUUGUAGAGUACAAGGGCAUCGCAAAACAAGAUGUUCAAGAGCCAAAUGCAUCUAGAGCUUUUGCAAGAGCCUUAUUCAAGGGUUCCGGCUACGACCUCACUGCGAUGAUAGUAGCCUCAGCUGCCCUAUCACUUCUUCGUGAUGAACACAAAUUAGAGGGCGGAGUUUACACGCCUGCUUGCCUUGGUCAAAAAUUUGUCGAUCGACUCGAAGAGGGUGGAUUUAAAUUCGAGAAGAAGAUCUAUGAUGACUAG